AUGCCUCCCGGACCGUCUCCAUAUCCCUUCCUUGGAAACAUCCCACAAAUCAUCUCUGCAGAUCCCGUCAGACCAUUUAGUAAACUAGCUGAGAAAUAUGGAGACAUUUACACAGUCACUUUUCCGAAAGCCAAUGCUGUCAUCUUCAAUACAGCAUCCCUAGUGCGUGAAGACAGGCUUGCCCCUGGGAGACAAGAAGUUCUUUUGGGCAAAUCACCGGAGUCUUUCUAUCCAUUCGGGGAGAUAAUGGGUCAUAAUAUGGCCGGAUCUGACUACUCACUCGCAUAUCUUUUUGAGAGGAAAGUGUUCGUAUCAGCAAUGCAUAUUCAUUACAUAGUUUAA